UUCACAAGAAGAUAAACAGACAGUCCUGACCCCCAGGUCAGUUCAUACACACAUAAGGAAGAGAACACUUUAAACAGACUGAAUGUGAACUAAAGUAAUAACAAAAUGAUAAUACCGAAAAUUCUCUAACACUGUCGCAUGGGAGCAGGCAUAGCGGUGAUGUUCAAGAAGAAAUUUGGUCGAGUCUCAGAGUUAAAGGAGCAGAAGAAGCUGCCGGGGCAGUGUGCUGUCCUGACACAUGAUCAACGUUUCAUCUAUUGUCUGAUCACGAAGAAAAAAGGCAACCAGAAACCCACAUAUGUCAGCCUAAGACAGAGUCUGGAAGACAUGAAAUCUCACUGCUUAGAAAAUGGUGUCAGUAGGAUAUCAAUACCCCUAAUUGGAUGUGGCCUGGACCAGCUGUAA